AUGCUGCCAGGAUACCAGGCGCACCUGCGGCUCGGCAGCUCCCUGAUCGUGCGCUACGGCGGCCUGUACCGCGCACAGAUACCGGGGGGCGGCGUGCGCUACUUCACGGUGAUGACGUCAGUGUUCGACACCGCCUACAAGGUGCACGAAACGUUUGAUAUCAAGGGCUCCACGUUCAACCGCCAGAAGAAGCCCAGCGAGAGCAUCGGCAAGGACGAGGACUGGAUCCAGGCCAGCCAGAGGCUCCGCGUCCCUCACGGCGUCCGCCGCAGGCUCCGCGCGGCCCACGAGAGGGACGCGGGCUUCCUCGCGGCCAACGGGCUAAUGGACUACUCGCUUCUGGUAGGCAUCCACCACGUAGGCUCCGAGCAGCCGCGCGACGGUGCGCGGCUCGGGUGCGGCGGGGACGCGGAGUCCAUAAACGGCGGGCUGGUGUCGGCGGACGGCAAGCACAUCUACUUCGCCGGCCUGAUCGACUUCCUCAUCUUCUUCGGCCUUAGGAAGGAGAUGGAGAGCCUCAUGCGUAAGGCACAGGGCCACGGAGAGGACGCCUCCUGCGUGAACCCGAUGCACUACGCCAUGCGGCAGGUGGGCUUCAUCCAGGACAGCGUGCUGGAGUGCUACGUCCAGGACGACAGCGUGGAGAGUUUCCUCCAGGAGGGCGGGGCCCCCGGGGCCCGAGGCGAGGAGCUGGCGGCCGCGGGGGGCGUCGGCGCCCUGCGCGUCGUGGUGGUCGCCGCCCAGAACCUGCGGAACGCGGACCUCCUCACCCUGUCGGACCCGUACGCAGAGGUGAGGCUCGGCCUCCAGAACCGCAGGACGCCGACGGUCAAGGACAACCUGAAUCCGGAAUGGAACUGCAGGCUGCUCUUCGCCGUAGACGAGGCGCACAUGGUGACUGGUUUCGAGGUGGAGGUGGCCAUCUGGGACGAGGACAGCGUCAAGGGAGUGCAGGGCGACAACGACCUGUUGGGCCGGCUGCGCGUGCCCAUGGAGAGGGUCAUUCGGGAGGGAGCUCAUCCUGGCUUCUUGGAGAUCCAGCAGAAGUUGCAAGAUGCCCCCAAAGGCGAGCUGACGUUGCGACUGGAGUUCCUUCCGCUGAGUGUGCUUGAAGUUCCACCUUCGUAG